AUGAGUAAUCUCUACACCAGACGCAGUGUUGCUGAAAAGGACUCGCAACCCUGUUUGGUGUGCUAUUUGCCCACAACAUGUGUUUUGUAUAAUGCGUCGAUUCAGGACUGGUUUUACUGCUGUGAGAUGCAUAUUAAAGAUAAUCCCGGGUUUGCCAAGCCGGUGUAUUCAGCAGAGUACAACGAUGCGAUUGAAAGAAUGACAAUUGUCAAACAGAAGCUAGAAGUAGAACGGACCAAACGGGGCAGCUCGUGGGACUCGUGGGUGAACAAAUUGAUUUCCAAAGGACCCAAACAGGAUAAGGAGGACUCGAACGCGAAUUCCGACGUAAACGCAAAAGAAACUGCUGAAACGAAACCGGAAGACGCUGCCAAACCGACAGCAGAGUCGGAACCACAAUUGUUGAAAAGUGAGUAUCAAAAACUGGCAGACCAAGUCGCCCACGGCCAAAAAAACACACGUUCAUUCUCACUGAGCCCUGUGAUGUUCGAGAGUCGCUUAGACGCUAAAAAACGCAGCUACAUGCUCAAAAUGAAGUCUAAGCGUGAACAAGAGACGUACACGAACACCGAUCCGGACGAACUACAGACGAAAUUCAAUUUUCCAAGCAUACCUCAAAAAUGA